CUAAAAGCAUUGAUAAAAACAUAGGACAAUGAAACAGAGGCAGUAAAAAUACAAACAGGUAUAAAUUAAAUUAAAAAAAAACUAAUAACAGACCACGAACACAGUUUAAAUUACAUCUCAUGUUGAACUUUUCUUGCAUCAAUAACCAUUGGUGGAACCCGCUAGAACCUGCGGAUGUAAAAAGUUGUAGAUUCCCUGCUGCAUCAAUGAUGCUUUUCUCAGCCUCUUGACUGGGAAGUGCUCGUCACGCCCUCUUUGUUAAAGGAGGAAGGUGCAUGUCGUCAUCCGAUCCCGUGUCUGGGUUCUAAAUGCUCGGCCCCUGAGUGGAGCUGUGGAGUUUUCAUUAGUGGCACAGCUCAGCACUUUACGCACAGCUAUGGGAACCGCAGUGAGGAGUUGUAGAAGUCGGCCUUGUACUGAGGGUGUCAUGGCAAAAGAAUAACUUUUUCAUUUUAGUCCGUCGGCACAGUCACAGUCGCGAUUGUAUCUAUAUAUUUUUUUUUUUCUUUUAUAAAAACUUUGGGAAUAUUCCAGCGCUCAAGGUCUAAGGCGCCGCUGUCCGUGGUUUGGAUUUUCCAGGCAGUGAUGGCCACUGCAAGACUCGAUUAUGUUCCUCCAUGGUGGACAUACUGGUUACACAAUUUCCCACACUUCACUUUCUUACUCCAGUCGACGGACAACACUUUCAAACCGGAGGAGGCGAGUUAUCAGCAGUCAGUGAUAAUUCUAGCCUGCGUUGGUGCAGUGGGUCUCGGCCUCAGCCUCCUAAUCCUGACGGUUUACCUAAUCUGUCUGUGCUGCUGCCACAAGGACAUAGAUGAGGAAACUAAGAGACCUAAUAACCGCUGCAUCACCUGGACAGCUGUGGCCGCUGGCCUCAUCAUAUGUUCUGCUGUUGGAGUGGGUUUCUAUGGAAACAGUGAGACCAACGAUGGGGUUUAUCAGCUGACCUACUCACUCUACGGAGCCAAUCAAACAAUAGGGGGCAUCAAUAAUAUGGUCUCGGGUUCUGUUGGCAACGCGGAGACUGGACUUAAACAGCACCUGCUGCGGCUGGAUGAGAUCUUCUCUACGAGACCUGACUACCUCCAAUCUCUGCGCUUCAUGCAGCUGAUGUUAAACAAUGUGGUCCGAGAGCUAACGGCCCUGCCAGACGUCAGUAAAGCCAACGUGGACUUGACAGCCAUCGCUGACCAAAUAGCCUUUGCGGAAUAUUACAGAUGGCUGACGUAUCUGUUGCUGCUCAUCCUGGACCUGAUUAUCUGCUUGGCCUUGUUCUUGGGGAUGGCCAGGCAGUCUCGGGUGCUCAUCAUCAUGGUCAUGGCUUUUGUAACGCUGUCUCUGAUCCUGAGCUGGGCCUCACUGGGAGGAGACACCGCUGCAGCUGUGGGCGCCAGUGAUUUCUGCGUGGCUCCAGACAAGUUUAUUGUCAACCAAACAACAGAUGUCCUAACUGCAGAUGUCGCGCACUAUUACUUGUUCUGCACCCCCAACCAGCCGAAUCCAUUUCAACAGUCUUUGACAGUCUGCCAGCGUUCCCUGACCACGAUGCAAAUCCAGAUCCAGGGCCUGCUGCAGUUCUCCGUGCCCAUUUUUCCCACUGCUGAAAGAGACCUUUUGGGGAUCCAGAGACUGUUGAACUCCACUGAGUUCAGCGUACACCAGCUGACAGCCUUGCUUGACUGCCGUGGGCUACAUAAGGACUAUGUGGACGCCCUGAUGGGUUUGUGCUACGACGGGGUGGAGGGACUCCUCUACCUCUCUCUGUUCUCUCUCCUGGCUGCCUGUGCACUCUCGGCUAUGCUUUGUGCGACGUUUCGACUGUGGACUCGAGUAGGCAGCAGGGAGAAGGAGUACGACGACAUAGAUGAGGAGGACCCCUUCAACCCACAGGCCCGCAGGACGUCGUACAACCCCAGAAGGUCCAACAUCCACAGUUUCUGUAGUUUUACCAGCAGCCUCAGCAGCCAGUCCAACCUUCAACCACCUGCACAGGCUGCUACUAACACACUGCCAGCCCCUGAAUACAUGAACCAGUCCAUGCUGUUUGGAGGGAACCCACGAUAUGAGAACGUCCCACUGAUAGGGAGAGGAUCCCCGCCCCCUUCGUAUACACCCAGUAUGAGGACUACGUAUCUAUCCAUGACUGAGUCCCAGAUCAGGCACUUUGGGACUGACUUCCAAGUGUAGUCCGCAGCCCACUGCAUCAUUGGUGUUCCUGAAAAACACUGGACGAAACCACAAGAAAACUGAAGUUUUCUUCAUGUUGCUGUGCAAGUCAAAGUCAUCAACACAGGAUGGACACACGAGGAGAUAACCAGUGUUCUGAACUGAAAAGCUGUAUAAAGGUGUAGCUCGAUACUAGAAUUGUUGAUUUUGUUGUUUUGUUGUUGUUAUGAUGUGCAGAAUUCUCACCAAAAUAAAAGCAUUUUUAAGCCAAAAAGCUGUGAAAGACCAAAACAAAUUUAAACUGAAAACCAGAUCGUUUAUCUUUUCAGCUGUACAAUUCUAGUGCCUGCAUGAAUGUGAUCCAAACACUGAGUAUUUUUAACUGAGACACAUGACUGGAAUAUGACAAACAGUCAUACCGGCCAGUGUGGAUAUUCAUGUUUUGGAAAUCCCCUUCUGUUUGGGGUUAAUGUGUUCCAGUUUAUUUAAGGCCAUUGUGUAAGAUCUUACAUUCAGUCCAAAUACUAUAACCAAGUUGUUCUGUUCAUGUUCUAUCUGUUUCUUUUUUCUUUUUUCUCCCAGUUAUAUAACCUCCACAGUUGUGAUUCAUUGGUGCUUAAUACAAUGAUGGUUUGUAAUAUUUGACCUGCCUGUUUAAGCUGCAUUUAAAGACUGUGCUCCAUCUGCACGUUGAAGAGAAAUAAUAGAAUGUAAUAUAAUCUCAGCUUUUAUGGCCAAACUAUGAGAAAUGAUCAGUGAAAAGAAAGAUAAAACAAUGUGGGUGUAAAUAUGUGCUGUUUUAAGGCCACUUGUUGCAGUUAGCUUUAAAUAAAUUGCUGUUGACACUGCUGUUGGACAACACUGCUUUAUGUUGUUGUUCAAUGUCGGACAGUUCCUCAUAAAAUGCUAAAUGGAAACCUUGUCUUUUUGCCAUUUACUGCCAACAAAAGAGAUAACAC